AACGUCCAUCCGUCCGUGGUAUGGUGGUUAUGGCGGUGGCCACCUACAUACACACCGGUGAAAGAAGUUAUUGCUUACGUAGGCGGAUAUAUCACACAGAAAGUGAAGCUCGAGUGCCAUUUGAGACACCCUAAAGUGGAUGAGCCGAUAUGGAUGGUCUGGCCAUACACUCCCGGGGAGCCAACCUGGAGCAGCAAUCGUUCUCUUUUAUUGAAGAAAGUGGAUUUUAUACAUACUGUUUUUGGAAAACGUGGUUGGGAAUUCGAGGGCGAUGGCAAUAUUUCUAAAGAGGUGAAUUCCUCCGACAGCGGAAAUUACACGUAUAUUGGUGGAUGUCGUUACUACCUUAUGGUUCUGAACCCUUACGAACGUCCAAAAGUGAGCUUGCACUUGGAGUUCCGAGAACGAGCAAGACCAAUGAGAGAAAUUGUCAUAAACUGGACCUUUACGAAUGUAGUACCUAUACUGCAAAGAGAGGUCUCCUUACAAAGUUACGUGGGAAAGAUAGAAGACGAUUCGUUCAAGAAAAAAGACUUUGUUAUCCACGUAAAAACUAAAGAUCUCAAUGGAACGCACACUUACGUUUAUGACCGCAGAAAACAUAGAAACGAAAUAAGGACAGUUGAAGUUGUCCUUCGGUACUUAAAUGGUAGAGAAAUUGAGCAAGUGGGGAGGAAAGAUGUUCAUAUGGGAAACUUUGAGGACAUUGGUAUUAUAGACGGUAGUAUCUAUUUUCAUGAUCUCUUGACUGAGGUAGAAAUUUUUUGGCGUACCAAAGGAUUGAAUUGGACCUUGAAAGAGGAGCCAGUCUAUCUUGUGAGUUAUUGUGCGGAAUCAUCCCGCGAGAUCGAUUUGUACAAGUUGGACUGGAUGGUAGCGCUCGUGUGCGUCAAUUUGACAAAAAAGAAAAUUAGAAUUACAGGUUAAGAGCUGAACAACUUGUUGAAAUUCGUCGCCUACACAUGAUCUCAAUUGAAGAGCAACCUUCGCUUGGUGUUUUGAAGCUUGACUGUUUUCUAUACUGGUAUUUGUUUGAGUUUUGCGUGCCUACGUUAUUCUUUCCCUCUUGUGAAAUUCUUUUUAUUUUCGUGCCUUGUGCAUCAAUAAAUUUUUGCGAGGUAAUCUUUGUUUUGAAAUUUAUUUUUGUUGUUUGUUGCUUGCCUAUAAUUUUUUGAUAUCUUGGUGUUUUAUUUGGCAAUCUGGUGCCC